AUGGCCUCCCAGAUCAUGGACACCGUGUCCGAACAACAACCCCCAGAAGAACCCAUCAGCAACCCCGACCACUUCGAUGGAGUGGCAUAUCUCUACGGCCAUCCUCUGCUCAACUCUCUAUCUCCCCCCCUCCAUCAAACAAUAUACACAACCCUCGGUCUAAACUGGACCCAGAUCCCUCUCUCCAGUGUCUACGGGACAUCAGAAACCUACCCUCCACCAUACACCCGCUCACCCCCGAUCCCCAAAUUUUUGGCAUCCGUCAAGUCCAACCCCAAGUUCGUCGGCUCCUCCGUGACCAUGCCAUGGAAAGUCACCAUCAUGCCGCACCUCGACGACCUCACCGAGGACGCCCGCCAAGCCGGCGCCUGCAACACCAUCUUCCUCCGCCCUGAAGCCGAUGGCACUACUUCCUACGUCGGCACAAACACAGACUGCAUCGGCAUCCGCGAGGCUCUUCUCCAGAAUUCCACCGGUGAGAAGGCAUUCCGCAACAAGCCCGCCCUCAUUGUCGGCGGAGGCGGCACCGCCCGUACAGCGAUCUACGUGAUGCGCAGGUGGCUGGGCUGCAGCAAGAUCUACGUCGUCAAUCGUGAUGCGGCUGAAGUAGCUGCCAUUCUUGAGGAGGACCAUCAGCGCAAUCCCAGCCCCAACAAGGCUCCGCUCGUCCAUGUGACGGAUCCCUCGGUGGCGGCUCGUCUGGAGCCUCCCGCGGUCAUUGUCUCGGGGAUCCCCAAUUACCCUCCCAAAACGCCGGGGGAGGUCCAAGCCAGGGAAGUGCUGCAAGUGUUUCUAGGAGAGACCCCUCCAACGACGUCAAACUCCAAAGGCGUGAUUCUGGAGAUGUGCUAUCACCCUGUGCCGUGGACGGAGAUUGCGCAGCUGGCCUCGACGGCUGGGUGGAAGGUGAUUCUUGGUUCGGAGGCGUUGAUCUGGCAGGGCUUGGAGCAGGCAAGGCUGUGGACUGGUAGGGACGUGGUUGCGGAGCCUGGGCUAGUGGAGAAGGUCAAGAAGGUGGUGGGCAAGUUGAUUGCUGAACGGGUGCCGUCCAGAUCGAAUUUAUAG